AUGUUUCGACAUCGAUUUUCAAAUGUUCGUAAAACCUCAACAUUUCCUAUUCGCAGAACCAGAACCUCAACUAGAACCUCAAAGUUUCCUAGUACUCGCAAAUCUUCAACACUUCCUGGUAGAACCUCGGUGUUUCCUGAUUCAACUCGCAGAACUUAUAACGUGUUAAACCAAAAGGUUACUUACACGUUGAAAGAAUUCCUAGCAGAAUACGAAGGGAGAGCAAAAGAAGCUAGCGCAAGAAUGGAGAAAUCUAUUAAUGAUAAAAUCGCAAGUUUAAAUGAUAAAGUCGAAAGCCAUAGCUCAAGUGUAAAUGAUAAAAUCGAAAGCCGUAUCUCAAAUGCUGAAAAUAAGAUGUUAUAUCUUUUUUGUUGGGACCAUAAUUAUUGA